GAAUAUCACUUGACAGGCGUUCCAUUUAUGAACUUUAAAAAAAAAAAAGCAAACUCAACUUUUUCAAGGAUGCGUUUAUUUACUAACCCGCCAUCGUAGAAUGGGCGUGCUUUUCAGUCGCAUGUUUUUUUGUAACAAAAGUUUAUACACGAAAAGAAAAAAUAGGUAUUUUAUAUAUUAUUUUGGUGGAAAAAGAACAUUGAAAAAUCUUUUUUAUUUUGUCAUUUUUUCGCAAAAAAACCUAUUUAACCGUAGAAAAAAGAAAAUUCAAAUAGUCUCUAGAUAUCCCUUAUUUCAACAUAAUUUCACAUAUCAAAAGAGACUAUACCCAUAAAAAAAUAAGUA